AUGACAACGUUCCUUGACGCCCCCUCGACGUCAUCGACGUUCCCGAUGCUUUCGAAUCUCGUACCCGAAGACGAGCAAAAUCGCGAGAUUCGCGAAGCGUUUGAUUCUGCAAUGGCUGUAUUGGCAGACAAGCCGAAGCUUUGCAACCCUUCAAAAGGAUUAUGUAUAAAAUUUCGCCGGUUUGACUCAGAUCAGAAGGCUUUCAUAAAUCUCUGUCACACAGAGGAAAUUCCUUCCCCCAAAGAGCUUUCCGAAGGGGAACUGGCCCGUAUUCUUGAAAGUGAUAAUUUUACAGCGUAUCGGGUUCCACUUAGUCUUGGACUUCCCCACGACGAGCAAGAUAAGAGUGGUAAACCCAGUAUGGCGUACGACGUUAUUAUCAACUCAAAGUUUUUUUGCAAGGUUGCAGAAAGCGAGCUGUUUCGAACGUUUGUGAUUCUGUUAGCUGUUCAAGGUGUUGAAGACAAGUACAACAUUCAACUGUCAAGAGAAAAUUACGUUAUUCUGCAGAAUAAGAAAUAUUGGGGCACAAUGCCCGAACAUUAUAUUCAAAACAGAGGAACUGCAAAGCCAGGUCCGCUCAUCGACGAAAUCGAAACAAUGCCACCACCGAAUUCAUCUUUAGCAAAGUAUAGUUUGGCCUCUACGGCAGCUAACGUUGAUCCUAGAGUGCGAUUAAGUCGUGUACAAAAGCCCGGGAGAACUGCGGAGCAUCUGGUAGCUGAGAUAAAACUCGCUGAUCUACAUUCCGUAAAAGACAUUUCGUUAGACCUGGCUAAGGAUCGCAUUCUACUUCAAAAGAGUGCUUCGGGUGAAGUCGAACUUGACCUGUAUUUACCGUUGCAACUCAAUGUGGAAUCCGCCCGUGCACAAUUUGAUUAUAAAACUCGAGCCCUAAGAAUUGAUGCACCAAUCCUUUGUAAUUAG